AUGGUGACAGAUGAUGAUAAGCAAGGAAAAUACUGUUUGGUGGCUAAAGACGUGUCCAUCCGUCUGCACAAUGAGCUGGACGCUGUGGAGAAGAAGAGAUCUCGUCUGGAGCAGGAGAACGAGGAGCUGAGGGUGAAACUACAGGAUCUGGAGGUGGCCAAGCAGGUCCUGCAAGCGGAGAUGGAGAAGGCCAGAGAGAACUCUUUGAAGAAGAGAGGUGCCAGACCAAACAGCAAACCUGAUAAAAAAGCAUCGCCUCAGCCUCCAGAGGACAGUUCAGACCUUAAGUGCCAGCUUCACUUCGCCAAGGAGGAAUCAGCUCUCAUGUGCAAGAAACUCACCAAGAUGGUUAAAGACAACGAGGCCAUGAGGGAGGAACUGGCAAAGUAUCGCUCUCUGUACGGAGAUGUUGAUGCCUCACUUACUGUCGAAGAGGUCGCCGAUUCUCCUCACACCCGAGAGGCUGAGGUCAAAGUCCACCUGAAACUGGUGGAAGAGGAGGCGAACCUUCUAAGCCGACGGAUCGUAGAGUUGGAGGUGGAGAACCGCGGCCUUCGUGCCGAAAUGGAUGAUAUGAAGAUCCAAGAUUCCCCGGGUGGAGUCGGAAGUCAGCUGCUGCUUUCCACGUCUGAGAAUGUGAUGGAGCUACAGCGCCACCUACAGUUUGUGGAAGAAGAGGCGGAUCUGCUGCGGCGCUCCCUGAUAGAAAUGGAAGAGCAAAACAAGCUGUUGAUGAACGAGCUCAACCACUACAAGUCUGAGCUUCCCGCUGUCACUGAAAUAGAGCCGUUGUCAUCCACAACCAUCACUUCACCCAUGAUCAUCCCUGGUGCUUCUGAAGAUGGAGGAUCUGGUCUAAGCGAAGCCAGCCAUAAAGAACUACUUGCUGCCAGGCUUCAGAUCGCAGAGCUGAACGGCAAAGUAAAGAAGCUCCAGUAUGAAAACCGUGUGCUUCUGUCCAACCUUCAACGCUGCGACUUGGCCUCCAACCAGGGCUCCACACGUCCAGUACUGGAGACUGAUGCUGAAGCAGGGGACUCGGCUGAGUGCGUCCCCAGCCAGGUGCACCGUGAAGGCCCAGUUGGUGACGAGCAGAACGAUAUUCUGGAGGAGAAGAAUCUGAAAGUUUCAGGAACAAGUCACACUCAUACUGCUCAGUGCCUCAGCAUAAAAGACCUUUUCGCCAUCCGCGACCAGGCACAACUUGUUACCUCAGCCAUUCAGCUUCUGACAUCACCCGACCCCUCCUGUAUCUUACCAGAUGCCGUCUAUCAUAAGAUUACGACAGACGAGUCUGCAGAACCAGUUCUGCUAGAGAAGAGCCAGACCCAGAGCUCCACGCUGCCCCUGGUGGAGGCCCUGCAUGGCAGACUGCAGUCCCUCCAGGCUCAGCUACAGGCCCUCAGUGAGAGGGUGGAUGCCUUGGGGCAGCCCCCAGAGAGGGAGCGUGUGGAAGGGAUGUCCCUGAUGCCCCUGUUGUCUGAGGCAGAAGACCCUGCAGCAAAUUGCUCAUGCCCUGCAGAUGCUCAGUUCAACCAGAACACGACCCAACAGAAGCCUGAUUCUAGAGACCAGCCAGAUUGUGAGGUCAAAGUUCACCCGUGCAAGGCAGAGGAGGAGAGCAACAGCCACAAAGACAGCAACAAAGACGAGGAAUCUGAAUUAAAGGAAACAAACUCUGAUCUGCUGACAGAGCAGGUUGGUGAGCUGCUCACUCUGUUGUCUGAGGCGAGAGAGAAGGCUCAGGGAGCACAUGAAGCACUGUCACAGGAGAGACAGGCGCGCCACAACGACACGCAUAAACUCUCUCAGAUUCAGGAAGAGCAUCAGAAGGCUCUCCUCCGCUGUGAUUUCCAGCUGCAGAGUCUGAGCCUGCAGACGCGUCUGCAGCAGAAGCUGUGGAGUCAGGAGAGAAACCUGCUGGUGCAGGAGUCACAGCAGCUCAAAGAGAGCCUGCUCCUCAUCAGCCUCAAGCUGCGCUGGCUCCUCAAACAGUGGAGACUCGGCAAGAAACUAGACACCGAGAGCAAGGAUAUCCUAGAGGUUAACAGCGUAAAAGAUCUUCGUAUCUUGCUUGAGGAAGAUGGCCUGUCUUCCCACUAUGGAGACAACAAGAUGUCAGCUGCUGAGGAGCAGCCACUCAACCCUACACCCAAAGAGCACAGCCUGGCAGAGAAAAGCUGCCCACAGCAGCCUGGUGGAUUCGGCAGUACUCUGUCGGACCUGAAGGUGGCGCUACAAGACCUGAGCGCUGAGCUGCGCGAGGAGCGUCAGAGUUCACAGGAGUUAACGCAGCAGUUUGCCCGUGCUAAAGCAUCAUGGGAAGUUGAACGGAUGGAACUCAAGAGCAUUAUCACUCAGCUGGAGGGUAAGAUGGGGAAGGCAUCUGUGGCUGGGGGUGAAAAGGAUUCUCCAGACCUCAAGGGGGCGCUAAAAAAGGAGCGGGAGGAGCAUCAACACCUGUUGGCGGACUCUUACGCUGCUGUGAUGGACCUCACCAAACAACUGCAGAUCAGUGAGAAGAACUGGAGCCGAGAGAGGCUAGAGCUUCUGGAGCAAUUCAACUUGGAGAGAAGUCAAUGGGAACAGCAUUUACGAGGAGCCCAGAGCAAAGGCACACAGGCUCUGCAUGAUAAAAUAUCUGAAAAGGAAAUCUCAGCAGAUGCAGCCACCAGUGGUUCAGGACUGCAAAGGACCAAAUCAAUUUCUGCCCUCUCUGAAUUUAAGAGUCUGCUGGACACUAGUCUGUUCCUUCCUGGUCACAAGGUCAGCGGAGUACCAGAGUGCAAUGUUCCACAGCAUCAAACUACUGCUCCUGCCUCCAUUCUGGCUCAUACCGACUUAAGUGAUCUCAAUAAGAAGAAUUGGAAGUACCUGACCAAUGAUUCUGCAAUGCUGGAGAAGGGUGACCAGUUUAAGACAUGGGACUGCCCAAGCACCAACUCUAACAGCAGCUUCCCUGGACUGGAGUUGAGCAAGGAGUACAUCCAGAGAAGUUACACCGCUCCAGAUAAGACGGGUAUUCGCAUUUAUUACAGCCCUCCAACUGUGAGGAGAAUGGAGAGGAGGCCAGUCAAUGAAAAGGCCCAGCAGGAUCCUCAGCAAGGACCAUCAUCUAGAGACGCAGCCAUGAUAGAUCCAUCAGGCCAGACUGCUGCAUUUGCACCUUUGUCGACAACUUCCUCAUCCACUUAUGAGCAAUGGUUGAGCUCACUUUCACAGCAGCAUAGAGAGCUGCUUGAAGGACGGACGGGAGGUUCUGCACCAUUCCACGGACUGGAAAUUUUAGGCAACCUUAGUGAUGACAUGAAGGAGAUGACCAACUGUGUGCGACAGGCCAUUCGUUCCAGUUCCCUGGAGAGGAAGUGCAGCAAAGAUACAGGGAGCCAGACAGUUGGUGUUUCAAAUACAGGAACGCAAACAUCACAGUUUGUCAGCAUUGGCCUACAAACUGAUGGACCCAUUCCAACAACUAGAGGCCUUCAAGGGAAAGCAUGGUCUCCUCGUCCAUCCACCUCACUUUCAUCUGCACGCUCCCGACAGAUCUCUUCAUCUCUAGAGAAAGUCCACAGUCGCAUAGAUAGACCAUGUUGCUCACCGAAAUAUGGCUCACCUAAGCUUACCCGCAGAAUCUCCACCUCCUCCUCCAAACUGGAGACCUCCUCAACAUCUUCAAGGGAUCGCAGUGUAUGGAAUCUUCAUAACCGUAGUGGAUCUCAGAACGGUUCGGCCUGGGCACGUUCCACCACCACCCGAGACAGCCCAGUGCUUAGUGGCCUCAAUGAUGGCUUGACCAGUCUCUUCAGUGUGGUGGAACACUCUGGAAGUGUUGAAUCAUUAUGGAAAGCAGAUCCAUGCUCGGGAAGACAAGCUGCUGGGAAACCCUCCUGUCCUAGCCUAGGUAUCGGUCUGGGAGAAGCGGGAGCUCAGAAGUACGGCAUGGUCCAGGAGUUUCUCCGCAACGUUUGCGGCAGGACUGUGCCAGCAGGCACCAUGGAUGAACCAAAGCCUGAAUGCCUACCUGGAGCCUUGAUUGGCACAGACAACAUCACAAAGAUCGUCAAUAAGAGGUUUAUGAAAACACAAAGAGAUGAGUUUGUAGCCACCGGAAAGGAUGCAAUGAGCUCAAGCUCUAGUACCCUGGAGGAUUCAGUUUGUGACUGCAGCUCACAAACUGCCACUUCCUGUUUUGCCCGCCACUCCCGCUCCACCACACGACAUACCCAUGGCCAGUGCAAACAUCGAGUGCAAGAGUCACCCAUGGGAACCGAAGAACGAUUCGAUACCAGUAAUGAAUGAGAAUGAGGGUGGCCUCUUGAGACACCCAAAAAGUACACAAAGAAGACAACUGUCAACACCCACCCCACACACACUGCCACACAAAUCCACUGCCACAUACGCCAAUACACACAGACACACCUUUAAACAAACAAAUACAUACUUCAUACCUUCAAUAAAAGUCUUCAGGGUUGCAACAAUGGGACCUUGAAGAAUUCCUGCAUCUGGACUUUCCAAACCAGACCUCAGUUUAACCAGCACACUUUAAUGCCAAGGAAGGUGAAAGAGUUGACCUCCCCUUUAGGUCCACCAUUCCACUGUCAACCAGCCAGAUUUCACAUUGUAAGUCCAUCAUUCCAGCGUAAACCAGCCAGACCUCUCCUUAAACUCUGCCAUUCCUUUGUUCUUCGUCCAGCUACCAGGACAGCUUAGCCAGCCAUUUCAAUCCCCAUGGGAGAACUUGAGUAAUCCAAACCAAGUUGACACCAGGUCUUAAUGAAGUCAUUUAGAUAUAAAGGGAACAUACAGCAUGCAACUGAACUACACAAACCAAGAACCUCAACAUGGCCUUCAGUAAGAUCAGUGGCCCUUACUUUUGACCACAAACAGCUUUGCUUGGAGUAGCUGUAAAAUUGUCCUGUAAACAGCCCUUGAUGGAUUCUUCAAAUUCACAACUUUUCCUUUUAAUGGUUAAGAAAGGUGUUAUCACCCAAAUUCAACGUGGUCUCAAUGUGGUAUUAAGUUUAUGUUAUCUAUAGACAAUCAUCUAAAUAGCUUGUUUCAACCACUAUAUAGACUCUGCAACUACUUGGGACCAUCUUCCAUUUUCAAACCAGCCAAAAUAUGAAAUACCCCUGGAGUUCUCUAAAAAAAGGACUGGAUGAUAUGAUUGAUCAUAUUGCAUUAUGGAUCUGUCCUUUUUAAAACUUAAUAUACUUAUUAUGCUGUCUGAAGAUGUCUACGAAGAGCACGUUGGUAGCUGUAGUGUAGAAGGAUAGCAGUUGUAUUGUUUGCUUUGGUGUUUGAACAUUAACAUUAACACGUAAAUCUCCAUUCCCUGGCUAGGAUGUCCUCAUGAAUUUUAAAGUGUAAUUGUCAUUUUUAUUCUUACCCUGUAGUUUUACAGAAGACAUGUUGCUGGGUGCAUCUUCUGCAUUCCUCCUCUUUAUAUUCUCUGUCUACCUCUUCAUCCUCCAUCAUUAUGCUGAAAUAAACCUAAUGGACCUUCAGUCAGGGUAGGCGCCAAUUUUCAUUUGAUGGGAAUGAAAAACAUGAGAUAGAAGUACAUUCAGUUUAAUAGGUGGUACUAUUGUGUGUUGGGAACAACUCUGCACAAUUUGAGUUGGGAAAAUUAGCUGUGACUGUAGAAAACCUAUUGAACUGAGACCUUGUUCUAAAUAUCAUGCUUGUGGUCAACCUUUAAGAUAUAACAUUGGUCAAAUAAUGCUGCAAAGACUGUCGGGUAGUAACUGUAUAGUCUAUAUCAGUGCAAACUCAGCAAAAGUGGACAUAAAAGGUGCUUAUUGGCCUAAAAGUGAGCUCGUAAGCACCCUUUUGAAACCUAAAAUGGUAAAUGGGACACCCUAUAUGCCCUAUUGCGGCACUUGCGGCAGUGUCAAUCUCUUACAGCCUCAUUCAUGCCAAAUUGAAUGUCGUCUACCCUGACUAAACCCCAUAAUCCUAUUUUCCAGAACACAUUUGAAAGCCUCACAAAAUACCAAUUAUGCAGAUAUUACAUAUAUAAACAGAGAUAUGUUUAAACUGAAACACUGAAUGCUAAUUAAUUGGCCAUAGUGAGAUUUUGAGAUUAGUGAGAUUUUAUCAGAUAAUCCCAAAAUAUAAUCCAUAAUCUGACCAUUCAUGUAGCUAUGCAGUUACCGUAAUACGAGUGUGUGCCUCCCUGUAUCGGCCCCUGCAUCAGUCAAGUGUGAUUGUAAUGUGUUUUCUCCAAUCUCCAGUUGGAGUGGUGCUGCAAAAACUGAAGUUUAGUCCUUUUCACUGGUGCUUUUCUUAGAUUUGAUGACAGUACAUUAGAGGAAACAUUUUUGUAUGCAUUUCACGAGCCAUAAGGAUUUGUCGAUUCAGCUCUUUUAUAAAUCGGGCAUUAGUAAAGUUUCAGAAUAUCACAUUUCUCAACGUCUGGCAAAAACAAAAAACAAACAAA